AUGUUUUCACAAUUUAAAAAUAAAAUCAAAGAAAAUGAAAAAAUUAAUACAAUUAGCAAAAAGAUUCAAAAUAAAUUUGGAGAACUCAGUAUGAAUGGCGCAUCAAACUCGCCUACACAGCCACAUAAAGAUAGAAAUUUUAAAUUAACAUUUGGAAAUCAAAUAUUUAUACCACCACCAUUACCAGUAUUCGAACCAAAUCCAAAUUUAUUUAAAUCAAUAGAGCAGACAGAGUACAGCGAAAAUCCAUUUUCAUUUUAUUAUGAGGAGUUUCAAGAGGAUUUCCCCCAACCAAAUUUAACAGUAUCGAGCGAAUCAAUUCCAAACAUAACACCAGAGCCAACAGAAGGUUUACAUCCAUAUGGAUUUGGGUAUGAAUCUUAUUCUCAAAGAAGAAAUAACUAUUCACAAUUAGCAGAUACCAAACCGCACUUUCUUCGUGCUUCAAGCGAGAAUCCAAUUAGACCCUAUGCAUCUAUACCUGCAAAUCAGCGUUGUUUAAGCAAGAGCGAGGUAAUGCAGUGUUUGCAACCAUCGCAAGUAGUUUACAUAUGUGUUACAGAUACAUCAUUUACAAGUCGUGAAAAAAGAGCAUUCAUGAAAAAACUCGGACAAUUCAGCAAUUUAGAGACUUUAAUUUUAAAGAGUUGUGGUAUUAAUGCAUUUGCAAAUGGUACAAGAUUCCCACAAUUAAGAUUUUGCGAUCUUUCAAACAAUUCAAUUCGUAAUUCAUCUGGUCUUAAAAAGUUAACAAAGUAUUCAUUAAAGUUGGAGGUACUCAAUUUAUCGGGAAAUCCAUUUGCUGCAGCUUCAGAGGUAGAAAAUAAACAACGUCAAAAUAGAUUAUGUUCUCAAUUAACCCAAUUAGAAAAUAUAUCCAACAAAUUAAUACCUGUAGAUGAUCGUAUUACCGCUAUUAAUUUACAUGGUCCAACUAGUAGAAAACAAAAUAUUGACAAGAUAAGAUGGGAAUUAAAUUUAGAUAACGUUCCAGAGAUUCGUGCUAUGAGACCGAUUGCUAGUGGAUGGCAACCUGAAGCAAUAUUACAACUCAACCUUAGUGGGUGUCAAUUACGUUAUUUCAACGUUGGUCAUUUUGUCAAUUUAAAUUCUUUAGAUUUAUCAGCAAAUGGUAUUGUCGAUAUUACAACCAGUGGAAUGGAAAAAUGUACCUAUUUACAAUUUGUUAAUCUUUCAUCGAAUCAGAUAUCAAGAGUAGAAAGUGUUUAUUUAUUUGAAUUCACACCAUCCAUUCGUUGUGUUCAUUUGCAUGGCAACCCAUUCUUUUUAAACAGCUAUCGUAAAGAAAUCAUCUACAGAACAAGAGAUUGUAUUGGCACCAAUAGAUCAUUAGGUAUUCAACAGAUCGAUCACGAAAUGGUCUCUAUCGAAGAAAAAGUCUCAGUAAUUAGCCAAUUCGAAUCAAAUAAAAAAACAUUGGAAGAAGCUCAAUUGAUUGCAAAUGAUUAUCGUUGGAAACUAUUGAUAAUAGAGCGUUAUGGUCAUAAACAAUUACAAAACAUACCAAACUUUUUCCAUCACUUCAAGACUUUGGCUUUCCCAAAGAGCUCCCUUAUAGGUGUCGAAGUCUCAUCUUUUGCAAAUGUCGAACUCAUUGAUUUCAGCCAAAAUGAUCUCAUUUCGUUCACCGGUUUAAAUCAAUUGUAUAAAUUACGUAUAUUAUAUCUUCAAGAGAAUCCGCGUUUAGAUACUACAUCUGUAAUCAAGCAAUUGUCACAAUUAGAAAAUUUGGAAGCAAUUAAUUUCUCGGUCACUGUCGAUGCAAAUCAUGUACGUUCACCUAGUAAAGCCAGAGCUUAUCGUGACCAAUUAUUGGCUGCAGUCAUACCCAAGAAUCGUAAAUUUUCAUUAUUAGAUAACACAAGCAUUGGCCAUUCAGAACGUGUUCAAGCAUACACCAAUGCAGGAUAUUCAGCAGAUUUGGUAGAGAAAUAUAAAUUCUUUUUAGCAUUAACAGUAAAUUGCACAUUACCAUUCAAUCGUGGUUUAUAUCCUGAUCAAGUCGAAAUCGGUCAACAAUACAAUCCAAUGGAAAUCAUAUCACUUCGUAGAUUAAGAGAUUGGAGUUUAUCAUCAGAUGCAAUAAAUUUCCAAUAUUUCCAAAAUAUUGAAGAGAUCGAUUUAACCAAUAAUAGACUUACCGAUAUCACCAACAUUGGUCUUCAAUCAUUAAACAAACUCACAAAGCUUUGUGUUAUCAAUAACCAAAUUUCAACACCAUUACCAGUUAUCGCCCAUAUUUUGGAUCAUUUAACUAGUUUAGAAAUAUUUGCAAUUCGUGGAAAUCCAAUAAUGAUGAGCCCAUCAGAUCGUCUUCAAUUGAUUGGCCAUAUGUCAACAAUGAAAUCACCAAGUAAUGAUCAACAUCUUAAAGUAUUAGAUACUGAAAUUACAAUUUUCGAUAAAGUUGAAGGUUGGAAAUUAGUUGGUGCCUCUUUACGUGAUGCAGAGCUUUUAAAACUUUCAUUCAUUGUAAACUUUAAAUCUCUUGAUCUCUAUGACCAUCAAAUGUUAAACUUGGAGCUCUGUGACUGUGCAUUAGAAUACUUGGAUGUAACACCAUUUGUAAACCUCAAAACACUAUUAAUCCCAAAUAACCGUUUCAGAAAUAUCAGUAAUAUUGUUGGUCUCGAAAACCUUAAGGAACUCUUCGCUUUGGAUCUAAGAAACAACGAAUUAAAUUCUAUGAACGAUAUUAAAAAUGUACUUUUACAAAUCCCAAAUCUUCGUGUUAUAGGUCUUAUUGGUAAUCCACUCUCUAAAUUAGCAACAGCUCCAUCAGCAACUUACAAUUACCGUCCUAAAUUCCUUUCACUCGUAUCACCAAUUUAUCAAAGUCAUGGGUACCCAUUAUCCAUUUUAGAUUCAACCGAAAUUACAUGUGAUGAACUUUUGGAAGCUGCAACUCAAUCAAUGCCAAGUGGUCAUAGCGAUUAUAAAAAAGAGCAACUCUUUAGUAUAUCAUUACUUCGUAAAUCAUUCUCACCAGACUACACAAAUCUCACCGAAUUGGAUCUUUCCUAUUGCUCAUUAACUUAUCUAAACUUUAAGCUUUUACCCAGUUUAAUAAUUUUAUCAUUAUCAGAUAAUUCAAUUUCGGAUUCAAAUAUCAAAGAUUCAGGUCUUCAAACAUUACAAAAUCUUAGAGCUUUAGAUAUAAGAAAUAACAAAUUAAAGAAAUUAAGUAUAUUUUGUAAAGUUUUUGAUUUAUUAUCAAUCGAAACUUUAUUCAUUGAUGAAAAUCCUUGUUUCGAAAAAGAUACACAAAAAGAAAGAGUUAGAUUUUUCAAAAAAUUAACCAAUUCAAGAAUAUUAACAACCUUUAAAUAUAUGAAUGGAGUUCAAGUUACACCAAUCGAUACAGUACAAUUCUCAAAAAAGAAAAAAUAAUAAUAUAGUAACAGGAUAAUGCAGGUGUCAUUUAUAUAGAAAAAAUAGUGUAUAUUUGUAUAAAAAAAAACAAAUAAAUAAAUAAUAUUAAUUUAUGAUGUAAAUAAAGAAAGAAACCUUUAAAAUACU